AUGCCAUGUAUGAAUGGUGGUUCAUGUUUUGGAUCAGCUUAUACUUAUAUUUGUAUAUGUCCGAUCAAUUAUAACGGAGCUUUAUGUGAAAAACGACUUGGUGUUUGUCAAGAAAAUCCAUGUGGUAAUCGUGGAUUAUGUGUUGAAACAAGUUUAACAUCAUUCGAAUGUCGAUGUUAUUUUGGUUAUAUGGGUUCAACAUGUGAACAACAUGUAUUAAAAAAUAAUCAUAAUAUAUGGUCAUCACUUUCACCUGUACAUACACGAAUUCUAUUUAAUAUGUUACAAGAAGCUUAUCAUGAGAGAAUAAAACACAAAUCAUUAAAUAGUAAAGAUACUGAUCAAAUUGAUUUUAUUGAUUUAUUAACUACUACUAAGCCAGCUCCCGUUAUUUCAAAGCCGAAAACAUCAACAAUAACAACGACGACAACAACAACAACAACAGUAGAGGCAACAUUUAUAACGUCUGAAAUUGGAACAACUGAACAUAUUAUUUAUGCACAAGAUAUUCAACUUGAAGAAAUCUUUUCAGAUAUUACUACAAUAUCGUCAUUUGAUAUGAAUACAACUGAAUUUACAGAACAAUAUGAUAAUUCAACGAAUUUCUUAUCAUAUUCUGAAACAGAUAUGAGUAGUAUGGCAAUAGAAAAUAUGACAACACCAAUUAUUGAACAAUCUGAACCGGUUUUUUUAAAUACAACUGAAGAUCUCGAAAAUAUGAAUGUUACGGAACCGUCAAAUACAUUGAUAACUUCAACAUUUAUUGAAUUAACAAACUAUACUAAUACUAUCGUUACACAAGAAGUCAAUGAAGAAAUAACUACUACUUUUGAAACUAAUCCUACUAAUUCUACAUCUGAUAAUGAUACAUUUUAUUCAACAGAUCAAACAAUAAUGUUACCACUUAAUUCAUCUGUUCAACUAACAACUAACAACUCUCAAACUGUACGUGGUAAAUCACUUUAUAAACUAUGUCAACAAAUUUUAUCACGUAUUUAUUCUAAUAUAUCAUUAUCAACUAACGAUACAAGUGAUUUAACAUUACCAUCAAAUUUAUCAUAUGUACACAAUAAUACAUUUCUAUCUUGGUUUAGAAAACAAUUCACUUCAUCAACAAGUACAAUUGAAACAACUACAAUACCAUCAUUAGCAAUUAAUGUGAUUCGAACAUCAUCUAUACCAUUACAACGUGUAGAUAUGGAUGAUGUACUUCAUCAAAUGAAUAAUAAUAUUGAUAUUGAACAUUGA